AAGGGCUUUCCAGUAACAACCCUAAACAUGAAGAAACAAAAACCCAAUUCUGAUUGAUACACCCAAAGACCUUCUGCAACGGCAAAUUGCAUCUUGAAACCACGUCAAUGGCACCCCUUUCUUCUUCUUCUUCUUCAUCUUUCUCCAAAACCCAAUUCACAACAACCCUAAUCACCCUCCUCAUACUCCUCACUUGUACCUUCAAUCCCAACGUACAAGCCCUCAAAGCACCAAUUCAUCCACAAGACAUACUCCCACUUUUACCCCAUCAAAUUUCAUGGCCCCUUCUCAACUCUCUCCGGGGCGCCGCCGAUCUCCUCCCCAGUUUCGUCGGCGCCGCCGCCGUCGCCAAUAACUCCGAUUUGCAUUGGAAAGGCUCUUGUUUUUAUGACAAUACUGCCUGGUUAGAGCUUCAUAAUAAAACUGGUAGUCAGUUUGGUGGAGGCACUCUUCAUCUUAAAGUAAGCAGUGCACACAGUUGGACAUGUAUGGAUAUUUAUCUAUUUGCGACUCCGUAUCGUGUGACAUGGGACUAUUAUUUUCUAUCCCGUGAGCAUACACUCGAGUUUGACGAAUGGAGCGGGAAAGCUGAGUACGAAUAUGUAAAACGUAAAGGAGUUGCAAUUUUCCUCAUGGAAGCAGGAAUGAUAGGAACCCUACAGGCAUUAUGGGAGGUCUUCCCUUUAUUCACAAAUACGGGUUGGGGGGAGAAUUCUAAUCUUGCUUUUCUCAAGAAACAUAUGGGAGCUAAUUUCGAGGUGCGGCCCGAACCGUGGGUAACAAACAUAACCGAAGACGAUAUUCAUUCGGGGGACUUCCUUGCCAUAUCGAAAAUACGUGGUAGAUGGGGCGGGUUUGAGACCCUCGAAAAAUGGGUAUCCGGGGCAUACGCGGGUCACUCUGCUGUUUGCUUGAGGGACCCACAAGGAAAACUAUGGGUUGGUGAAUCUGGACAUGAAGAUGAAGAGGGUCAAGAUGUUAUUGCUUUGUUGCCAUGGGAUGAGUGGUGGGAUUUUGAGUUGACUAAAGAUGAUGCGAAUCCACAUAUUGCUUUGCUUCCUUUGCAUCCAGAUCUACGGUCUAGAUUUAACGAAACUGCUGCUUGGGAGUAUGCACAAAGUAUGGUCGGGUUGCCGUAUGGUUAUCAUAAUUUGAUAUUUAGUUGGAUAGAUACCGUCAGUGAUAAUUAUCCACCACCUUUGGAUGCUAAUCUGGUUGCAUCUGUUAUGACUGUGUGGGAUCAAAUGCAGCCUGCAUAUGCGGCUAAUAUGUGGAAUGAAGCCUUGAAUAAACGGCUUGGUACUCAGGGGCUUGAACUAGCUGAGAUUUUAGUGGAAGUUGAAAGACGUGGUUCGUCUUUUGCUGAAUUACUAACUAUACCCGAACAAGAUGAUUGGGUAUACGCUGAUGGAAAGUCAACCUCUUGUGUUGCUUUCGUCCUUGAAAUGUAUAAAGAAGCGGGACUCUUUGGAGAACUUGCAGACCAAAUUCAAGUUACCGAGUUCACAAUAAAGGAUGCAUACACGCUUAACUUUUACGAAAACAAUUCAAGCCGGCUGCCAAAGUGGUGUAAUGAAGGGGACACGGUUGAACUUCCAUUUUGUCAAAUUAAAGGAAAAUAUCGAAUGGAGUUACCUGGAUACAAUACCAUUGAACCGUACCCGCAUAUGACCGAAAGAUGCCCAUCACUACCCCCAGAUUAUUCAAGACCCCAGUACUGCUGAAUCUAUACACUUAUAGGAAUAGUUCUUGGAUAAUGGUGAAGGUUAUGUUUAGACAACGUACCACGAAUUAUUACUUGUAUAUAUGUAGAUCACUAGAUCGUUUAUGGUAAUUUUACAGACGGACAUACGCUUGUAAAUUGUAAUGAAUCUUAUGUUCAACCGUCUCGACUAAUGAAUGAGAUGUCUGCAUUUUGAUGA